UUUAUUUGUUGACAUGAAUGCAUCCUACGUGGAUCAGUCAACAGAAAACCUGACGUGGCACAAUCCUAUUUGUUGAUGAUACGUAACACGUCAACCUCAAAAGUCUGCUUACAUCGCCGGAGUAGCAAUUAAAACGACCGCCGCAAUCAACCGGCGAGCCGUAUCUCCGCCCAAUCGGAGCAUCGAAGCGUACAAAAAAAUCCGAAUAAUGGCGGUGCGUGCGACGGUGUCUCGGUUUCCACUGGAUCCGGACACACAGGAAUGUUCAGGUUUACCAUGGGGAGUGACGGUAACACCGUUCGCAUCGAAGGACGAGAACGGUAACUCGCCGUUGUACGGAUCGGGUGGAGAAUCAAUCCCUAGGUGUGAGAAUUGUUGGGGGUACUACAACACAUACUGUGAUCAAGAGCAAUGGGCCUGGACUUGCUCCCUUUGUGGAACCCUAAAUGGCCUCUCGUCUGAAACAAUUUCUCGUUAUUCUAGUUCCGAUUCUCCACCGGAGAUUAUGUCUUCUUACAUCGACCUCGAAUUGCCUAUUGAAGGUUCUGAAGAGGAGGAUAUGCAAGCGCGGCCUGUUUAUGUUGCUGCUAUUGACUUGGCAUCUUCAGAAGAGUUCUUAGAACUUACAAAAAGUGCCUUGUUAGCUGCUUUGGAAGCUCUUGCACCCGGGUCUCUUUUCGGGCUUGCUACAUUCAGCCACAAGUUAGGUUUAUACGAUGUGCAAGGACCUAUUCCUGUCGUGAAAAAUGUUUUUCUACCUGCGGAUCCCGAUGGAACCCUAUCAGUUGAACUUGAAGAUGCCAUGCCCUUGUUUUCUUUUUUGGCCCCAGUAGAAACUUGCAAGGAUCGAAUAGCAUCUGCACUCGAAACCUUAAGACCGACAUCAUCAUGGGAAGGUACAGGUGGCGGAGAAGGAUUGGACGGAAUUUUUCUCGGAGGACGCGGUUUCGGGCCGGCAAUGGAAUCACUUAUUUCAUACCUUGGAUCUGAACAUGGCAGCACUUUCGCAUUAGCCAGAAUCUUUGCUUUUUUAUCCGGACCUCCUGAUUACGGACCGGGACAGCUGGACACAAGAAGAUACGGUGAACAAUACGCUAGUAGAGGAGAGGAUGCUGAGCUGGCGUUACUACCUGAACAAACACCGUUUUAUAAAGAUUUGGCUGCGGUCGCUGUUCAAGCAGGUGUUUGCAUAGACAUACUUGCGGUUACAAAUGAGUACACUGAUUUGGCAUCAUUGAAGUUUCUUAGUAUUGAUAGUGGAGGCUCGUUGUUUCUGUACCCUAAUACUGAUGACUCAACACUUCCUCAGGACAUGUAUCGAAUGCUAAGUCGCCCAUAUGCGUUCAACUGUGUGAUGCGGUUGCGGACAUCUACUGAAUUCAAAACCGGAAAUUCUUAUGGCCAUUUCUUCCCUGAUCCACAAUAUGAAAAUGUUCAGCACGUUAUUUGUUGCGACUCGUAUGCUACAUAUGCUUAUGACUUUGCUUUUGCAAAUAAUUAUGGGUUUUCCAGACACACUUCUGAGCUACCUAUGUUACAAUUGGCUUUCCAGUAUACUGUAGUUGUUCCCCCCGAGGAAAGUCCAACUCCGGGUUCAAACCUGACGAGUAGAUCAAAAUAUACCAUCAAAAGGCGACUCAGAAUAAGAACGAUACAAUUUGGAGUUGCACAUAACUUCAAUGACUUAUAUGAUAGUGUGGAUCAUGAAGUUAUUCUCUCAGUACUUGUUCACAAGGUGAUCCUAGCCUCGCUGAGUGAAGGAGUUAGAGAAGGCAGGAUGUUACUACACGAUUGGCUUGUAAUCCUAACAGCUCAAUAUAACGACGCAUGUAAAAAUGCACCCGCUGAGUUUGGAAACUCAAACGGCACGCUUAUUGAUGUCACAUUUUCUCAGUGUCCACAAUUACAAACGUUGCCGCGGUUGAUAUUUGCUUUGCUUAGAAAUCCUCUUUUACGGUUUCAUGAAGAAGGGAUUCACCCUGAUUAUCGGAUUUACCUUCAAUGCUUGUUCAGUGGGCUGGAACCAAGUUCUCUUCACCGGGCGAUAUAUCCUCUGCUGACAUCAUACGCAACUCCCGACAAAUUGGCGUACCCUCGUCAUUCAUUGAGCCGGGCUGCACUAAUGACAAGUGAAAGUCCUAUAUUUUUCCUUGAUGCAUUCACAACUCUGAUUGUAUAUUACUCCUCUACAGCGGACCCUGCGCUUCCUUAUCCUCCGCCACAUGACUGUUUGUUGAGAACAACAAUAAACAAAGUGAAACAAGAAAGAAGCAUGACUCCUAGACUGAUGUUUAUAAAAGGCGGCGAAGAAGAUGCAUCAGUGUUUGAGAGUUAUCUAAUUGAAGAACAGGAUGUUGAUGGAAGUGGGUUUCCAAAUGUUAUGGGGUUUGUUUCUUUUCUUGAGGAGAUCAAUCAGAGUGUUCUAGAAUACAUGAAAUAGAAGAAAACAUGUACAUAUUGCAUACCAAAGCCUUACAAGGAACAAGAGUCGGGUACUUUUUUUUUUUCAGACAGAUUAUCAAAAUUAUACACAUUGUUUUGGAAGGUGGUUAUUUCAGUUUAUUGGUGGGAGAAGAUUUUGAACAAUAAUAUUAGUUUAUUGGUAUUUUGUGAUUUA